CUCGUACCUCACCCAUCCCCCCUUUCACUCACCGCAGUGCUUUGGUGUGUCAAUGCUGCCUGACUCUGCCUCCUGCACCCCUCCGUACGACUGGGUGUCAAGACAUGCUCCCCCUGUUGAUGGACGACUUCGUGCUUUUCCCGUCAUUCACACCUGAAAUAUCCCACGACCGCCAUGGAAAUUUGAAGCAAAAAGCAAAAAGCACCACGCUCUCUGGUACUGCUAGCACCGCACACCCGCGCAAUCCAUCAUAUACUGCCCCGAGAUCCGCCACAUCAGCUCCGGAUGAGCGGCGGCGCGGCUCCCUCAUCGUGUCGAGACCUGCUCGCUGUGCUGAAGAGAACAAGCUGUCAAGGGCCAUCUCACCGGCUUCAAGCCCGGGACGAUUGGAACGUGGCAGGCGUGCUCGCCCUCCGCAGGUGUACUAUCCUCCGUCACCGCCGCCAACUCCGCGGAUACAGCGCCUGCCUACGCCUGAUUUCGACCUUGAGGAUCGAGCAGGACCGCAAAAAUGCCUCGACCUCUGCGGGUGCUGUCCCACAGAUGGAGAGACUCGUGAUAGCGGGCUUCACGUCUACGAGGAGGGAAGACUAAGGAUGAAUAGACGCUUGGCGGAUGCUCGACAAUAUAUUGCGCAAAGCACCACCGGGCACAGGAUACGUCGAUAACUAGGGCAUUGCGAUGUGCACAUCGUUUCUUGAGUCGAGCUGUUCUGAUGCAACACGGAGUUUCUUGGUGUUUUUACAAUGAUUCCAACGACUGGGCCCACGGAUGGCGCUGGCGUGUGGUGGCUCCAUGACGUUGGCAGGCACGCCGAGAUUUUGUAGCAUGCUAUUUUGUAUGCGAUUCUUGAUUUGCUUUGGAGUAAACAUGUGAAAUGGUUCGCGCAACAACGCGAUUUGGGGGCUGCCUGGACUGGAAUCGCGUUUGUGGUUGGAGCCGCCCCGUGUAAGUGGUGGGUGACCUGGAGGGAUAUUCAUCACGGCCUGAUUAGAACCAAAGGCGCCAUUCA